AGACAGUUCUUUUGCUGCUCUGCCUCCCCCUGCUCUGCAGCUGAAUUAGAACCAUGCUGCCCUUAAUUUUGCUGCUGUCUUCAUCGUUGAACUCCUGGGCUUAUGGGACCCAGAAGGAGUCAGAGGUGAGACCAGACACUGGCCCAUGGCUGUGCCAGCCAGCACCGAGGUGUGGGGACCAGACCUACAACCCCUUGGAGCAGUGCUGUCACAAUGACACCAUCCUGCCCCUGAAUGCGACCCAGCUGUGUGUCCCCAACUGCAUCUUCUAUCCCUGCUUCCAGCACUGCUGCCUGGAGUCCCUGGGCUCUCAGAACCAGGCAGUUGUGACAUUCAAGGUCCCAGGCAUGAAGCCUGACUGCAGGUCCUCCCCCGUCUCCAGGAUUUGUGCCCAGGAACACCACCCGACCAGCCCUCAGCCAGAUCUGACUUCAUCUGGACCAUCCUGGGGAGUGGAAUCUGGUAUCUAGUCAUCUGUCAUGCUGAGAUUUUUAAUUAUUGCUAUGGUCUGAGUGAGUCCCCAAGUUCCUGGGGUGAAAUCUUAAUUCUUCAAUGCUAGAGUGACCGUUAGAGAUGGGAACAUUUGGCAGGAAGUGGGAAUAUUAAGGUCAUAGGGAGUGGAGUCAUCAUGAAUGUAGUAUUUGUACCCUCUGGUAGGAGAGUUCUCAUUCUCACUGGAUUUAUUACCUUGCGAGUGGGUUGUUAUAAACCAAGGCUGUUCCUCAUGCUCUUUUUUUUUUAAUGUUAUACUCCAUGUACAUAUACCUUUAUUUAUUUAUAUUCAUAUGAUGCUAAGGAUCAAACCCAGUGUCUCACAUUUGCUAGGCAAGCACUUUACCACUGAGCUACAACCUCAGCCCCUUCUCAUGCUCUUUAUAUUUUGAAUGCGCCCACUUGCCCUUCCAUCUUUCACAAGGAGUUGAGGUAGCAUGUGGCCCUCUCCAGAUGUUGCUGUGUGAUCUUGGACUUUCCAGACUCCAGAAGCAUGAACCAAAAAAAAAUUCUUUCCUUAUAAUUUACCCAAUAUUAGGCAUUUUGUUAUAGCAACAGGCUCCUUGGGGCCACAGGUGGCCAGGUAAUGCAGGGAGGCAUUCCUUUGACACCACACAGGUUGGCUACAUUGGCCCUCUACCGAGGGCAGAAGGGGUCAUAUUUGCCUUGACAGCAGUGAAUACGGCUACAUGGUUGGGUUUGCCUGGCCCUGUGGUCAAGGGAAUCAGUGUGUUACAAUUUGUGCCCUGAUGGUGUCGACAGCCUUGUACGACCAGCCCAUCACAAUAGAAAGUGACAAAGGGACAAAUUUUACAGGUCAGGAUGUACAGCAAUGGGCAAAUCAGUUACAGAUUCAAUGGAAAUUGUACCUCCCAUGCCACCCACAGGCUGCAGGCAAGAUAGAGAAAUAUGAUGUCCUGCCUAAGCAAGGACAUGGGACUGCAGGGAGCCCACCUUCUAUGAAGGGUGGGCACAGUACCUGUGGGAGGUUGUGAGAGCUCAUAGUGAGUGUCCCCGAUGAGGGGGACCAGCUCCUGUGGAGGCUUUGCUGCAUCAUACAGCAGCACCAAUACAGGUCCAGGUGACAACUUAAGCCUGGGUUUGGGAAGCAAAGAUAUGUCCCUUCCUGCUCCCACUGGAUUAAAUAGGGGCAAACUGAAGUGGACAUGGCCCUGGAUUAUAAAGGCCAUCUUUGUUGAGUAGCCCUGUUACCCCAUGGACAAGAGGUUUGGAGGGUGAUCUCCUUGUGACACCAGGAUAAUUAAUGAAUGCCGCCCCCCACCCCAGGUACGUGUGACUUAGCCAGGUCCCACAGAUGGGAUGCAGAUUUUAAAGGGCAUGUUUUUUUUUAUUUCCCCUUGGCCAAUUUCCCAGUGCUGGUGCACACUGAACCUGCCGAAGUACAGGACCAAGCUGUUUAAGUGUGACAUUGCCACCCAGGGAAGCCACCACAGAUGGCCACUAUGCUUUCCUGGGACUCAAAACUAGCAUGCAUUCUCCCAGUUGGACAUGAUUUACCUGAGCUAGUGCCUGUAACUUCUUUGACCUUUCAACUGUAUGUGUGUCCUCACCAAUACCAUUGUGACACACAUCUAUGCCAGACUAACAAGCACCCACUGGGUAUGCACCACAAUGCCUGUGAGUUUUGCCAUCAGACUACCCUGGUGAAUCCAGACUAUAUCCCUAGACAAUUGGAUGUGCCUGGGAAAGACUUUUAUUGCCACCUCAAUAUGGGAUGAAACUGGCAAUGGUUUUUAGUAAUCCUAGGUGGUAAGGCGUAUCUUCUGGUUGUAUGUUGUGAGAGCUUAUAUCGUUGCUGUGGCCUCUGGACGCAGGGCUCUGCCUCCUCACUAAUGGAACUUUGCGGAAGAGCUCAAACACAUAGACUGUACGGUGAGGAUCCUAUGAGGUAGAUUGUAGGGCAAGUCCAAAAUGGUUAUAGUCAGGCUCCCUCGCCAAGACUUCUGGCAGGCUAGGUUUUUACUGCGUACUCAAGACCGUAAACACUGGCUGGUGAGCAUGAGCCCCCUGAUGUAACUUGUUGGCAGUGUGCCUUCUUUGUCUAGCCUGCAUAUUAAAAAAUCCUAUGGGAAAGAUUCAGAGUGCUACAUGGGACUGGUUGGGCACUGAAGAUGGAGCUGGAGGGUGGCUACUGCUGCUGCUGCCUCUGAAUAAAGCAUGUGUACUAUUCCAA